CUCCACAACCUCUCAUCACAUACACGGGAUCAAAGACACGAAUAUCCUUACUGAUUCACCAGGAGAGUAAAGUGAACAUGGCUACAUUGGCAACUUAUCGUGUGCCCGAGGUGCAUAAUGAACCUAUGAGAAGUUAUGCACCUGGUUCAGUGGAGAGAAAAGCUUUGGAAGCUGCCUUGAAGAAGCUGCAGCAGGAACUACCUUUCGAGGUUCCUUGCGUCAUCAAUGGAAAGCAUGUCAAAUCAGGCGAUCUCAAACCGCAACCCAUGCCCCAUGCUCACGCUACCAACCUAUGCACCUACCACGCUGCCACCCCUCAAAUCGUCUCCGAUGCCAUCGAUGGGGCCCUCUCCGCUAAAUCAGAAUGGGAAGACUUACCGUGGGCUGAUCGAGCCGCGAUCUUCCUCAAAGCGGCAGAUCUCUUAGCCGGGAAGUACAGAUAUGAGGUUAUGGCCGCGACCAUGUUAGGUCAAGGGAAGAACGCAUGGCAAGCUGAGAUUGAUGCGGCUGCUGAGGCUUGCGACUUUUUGAGGUUUGGGGUCAAGUAUGUGGAAGACUUGUAUGCUCAACAACCGCCGCGUAAUGCUGCAGGUGUGUGGAACCGAACGGAAUGGAGACCGCUGGAGGGGUUCGUUUUGGCUGUUACGCCUUUCAACUUUACUGCCAUCGGAGUCAAUCUAGUCUGCGCCCCAGCACUCGUCGGCAACGUAUGCAUAUGGAAACCUUCACCAAUGGCCACCUACUCCAAUUAUCUCGUCCAUAAAAUCCUGUUGGAAGCUGGUCUCCCACCCAGCGUAAUUCAAUUCGUCCCUGGCUCCCCUCCCGAGGUGGUACAACAAUGUAUAGAUCAUCGUGCUUUUGGUGGCUUGCAUUUCACAGGAAGCACCGCCGUCUUCAAAGAUCUGUGGAAGAAGAUUGGGGCGAAUUUGGACAGAUACCGUGGAUAUCCACGAGUGGUCGGGGAGACUGGGGGAAAGAACUUCCAUCUUUAUCAUCCUUCUGCCGACAUCCAAUCGGGUGUUAUUCAAGCCAUCCGCGCGGCAUUUGAAUAUUCAGGGCAAAAAUGUUCAGCAUUAGCAAGAUGUUACGUAGCUCGUUCUUUGUGGGAAGGAGGUUUCCGUGAUCUCUUAGCUUCGGAAACGUCGAAAAUCACCGUUGGACCAUGUACAGAAUUCGGACACUUUACAGGACCUGUCAUUGGUAAACCUGCUUUUGACAGGAUUAUGGGCGUUUUGAAAAAGGCAAAAGAGGCUGGAGGGGAGAUUUUGGCUGGUGGAACGGGAGAUGAUAGUAAAGGAUGGUUUGUGAAACCUACUGUUGUAGUGACGAAAGAUCCGAAAUCUGUCACUAUGACGGAAGAGAUUUUCGGACCUGUUCUUACGGUAUACGUCUACGAAGACUCUGAUUUCGAAACCACUUGCGAUUUGAUAGAUCAAACCACUGACUACGCCCUGACCGGAUCUAUCUUCUCCACCGAUCGAGCCGCUCUCACACUAGCUUCGAGAAAGUUGAGAAACGCAGCUGGAAACUUUUAUAUAAAUGAUAAAUGUACAGGAGCAGUAGUGGGUCAACAACCUUUUGGGGGUGCUAGAGGAAGUGGAACCAACGAUAAGUCUGGUUCUGUCAACAUUUUCUAUCGAUUUACUUCUCCCAGAUCGAUCAAAGAAAACUUUAUCGACCCUACAGAAUACCACUAUCCUUCCAACUUGGUCUGAAAACGUUUCUCUGCCAAAUCAAUGUCGGACAUGGAUUUCUUAGCAUUGAUGAACAUGCAUUAUUUCGUUAAACAUCA